ACAUUGCACUCUCGCCCUUUCGUCCUCUCGCCCCCUCCUCUGCCGCUUCCAGCGCACCUUCGCCUUCCCCUGACGCGUUGUCGCUCGACGGCACCUAUCGCCAACAUGUCCACCCGAAAGCGCGCCAGGGCCGAGAUGGAGGCAGAGACGCCCGUGGAAGAACCCAGCACUUUACAGAAGCUGCGCAACAUGUGGCAAUUCGCGAAUCUCGCCCAAUACCUCCACCUGUUCAGAGGCCCGUUGAAGCUCACCGGCGACUUCACCAUCGAAGAAUUGGAGACGGAAUGUCUUCAGCCCCAACCAUCGGACAAAUUGGCCGAAAUUGGCCUCGCUCUGCUCAAACACAUUUCAUCGCACAAAGGUCUCAACCUGGACAUCUUUGACGAAUACACUCGCCGCCAGUAUGUCGCCAAAGCUCCGCUGCGCAAUCCCUUUGGAACAGAUGAGGACCCCGUCAAGUUUAAUUCUUUCGACGUCUUCACCAAAAUCCGUAUAUUACAGCAGCUGUCCAUCUGGACCCUGAACAACCCAAACACUAUAAGGGAGAAGAUGAAUGCCACCGAGAUAGAAACAACUGAUUGGCGCUUCACGCCGUUCGGAUGGGACGCACAGGAGCGAGAGCUUUAUGUCUUGGAUGACUUCCGCAUGUAUCGCCGAACCGAACCUUCCCAACCUAAACCUAAACCUAAAUCAAAGUCUCGCAAAUCAAAAGCGAAAAGGAGAAAAGUGGCGGCAUCGGAUACAGAGGAACCUGCUGAGGCGGAGGACGAGUCCAAGGAAGACGAUGAUGGAUUUGGAGGUGCAAAAUGGGAAUGUGUCUGCAUCACACUAGCCGAGUAUCAGGACUACAUGGCAGGUAUCAGGCGGAGCAAAGACGAGAACGAGAAAAACUUGUACGUUCGUCUUGAGGAGGAAAUCCUGCCCGAAAUGUCCAAGGCUGUUGAAAAACAGGCGAGAAAAGAAGCCCAGAGGCAGAAGGAGUUGGAAACUCUCCAGAAACUCGCGACAGCCAAGCGGUCAUCACGCAUCUCAGCCAGACAAGAAAAAUUAAAGGAAAGCGAACAAGCCGAGGAAGCGGAACGCAGGCGAAAGGCCGAACUAGCAAUGGCUCAGGCUGAACAGGAGAAACAGAAACACAUGGAAGAGGCGCAAGAGUCUCGCAGGCAAACACGUGAACAGCGUAUACGUGAGCGCGAAGCAGCCAAGAUCCUGGAAGAGGAGAACUUGCGCAAGCUGCAAGCAGAGGAGGAAAAACUCGCCUCGGGAGAAGCUCGACGAUCGGAAAGGUAUCUCCGAGAGCAAAUGAGGAAGGCUCAACGGCAGCUCAAGAAGCUCAAGGAGAAAACAGAGUGGACUUUCGACUGUGAGAAGUGUGGUCUGAGUGGAGUUAACUUGAAUGACGGUUCUCACCAGAUACAAUGCGAGAGAUGCGAAGUCUGGCAGCAUAGCAAGUGUCACAAUAUCACCCCCGAGGAAGCUGACAAGGACGAAUAUGUAUUUCUGUGCUCAUCCUGCAGGCGCAAGUCACAAGGUUCACAUACCGCGUCGCAGCCCAAUGGAGACUCAGGGCGAGUUCUCAAUGCGCAAUCGCCACCCCGACCGGUCCAGACAUCGGCUUUGAUGAACGGGCCGAGUCUGUCACCGCGAGGUCAAGCACUCGGUCCGCCGGGUAUCCAGCGCUCAGAGGCAGCGUAUGGCUCGUCCAUGAGCUAUGCCAAUGGUGGUAGCUCACCCAUCCGUCCUUCUCACUCUCGAACCCAAGGCGGAAUAAAUGGAUAUCCGACUUCGUCCCCUCCCCGGUAUCAGCCAUCCAGUCCAUUCACCAACAACUCGUCUUCUGUGCGGAACGGCGGCUCCUUUCAGACCUCGUUCAAUGCCUCACUCGGAAACAGUUUCAAUCGCCCGGCUUCUGCAUCCGGACUGGCCGGCCCAUUCCACUCACCCGUCAAGCAAUCUCCAGCACCAUCUCCCCGCCCGUCAAACGGCGUACCGAAUGCAUACAAUUUUAGCAACAGCCCACACUCGUCAUUCCCUCCAAAUCCAAUACAAGCGUCUGUCCCUUCACCCACAAAGCACAGCUCCCCGCCACCGCACAGACAAUACAUGUCCUCCCCAGCGCCAGCGCCCAUCAAAUUCGCACCAUCGCCUAGUCAGAUGCCCGCACAGGUCCUUCCCGAUCCCAUUCCGGCCCCUUCCAAGCACGAUGUCGCUCGUCCCGUCUCCAGCCAAGAGGUCCAGGAAAAGAUGGUUCUGCCUCCGGUUAAGUCCCUGCCACCUAGCACCCCAUUCCAGGAUCUCAGUCCUCCGAUGAAGAAGACCUCGCCUACGCCUGAGAAGCCUCAAUUCGCUCCCAUUGUCAAGGAUAGCUCUUGA